AAGAAGAAGCGCGGCUGCUUGGCGACAGAGUCACGGCGCGCCGUCACUAUGUCUCAGGCUAUAUUCGAGGCGUUAGAAGGCAUGGACAAUCAGACCGUCCUGGCUGUCCAGUCCUUCCUGGAUGGUCAAGCUGGCGUCCCUGAUCACAACAAUCCGAACGUCUCGGGAUCCUCCAUCCAGGCGAUGGAUGAUGACGAUGUCUUCCUGUGUGGGAAGUGUAAGAAGCAGUUCAACUCCUUGCCGGCAUUCUUGACUCACAAAAGGGAGCAGUGCCAGCAGAACGCCCCAUCGCUCGCCACUGUGUCACUGGCCUCCAGCAACACCUACACACCUGUACCGUCAGUCAGCGCUGUGCCACAACCACCAGUCAACAGACAGGUCUCGACGUACAUCACGGUGCCGCCAUCACCGCUCACACACACCCUGGUGCAGGGCAACGUUCUGGUCAGCGACGAGGUUCUCAUGUCUGCCAUCUCGGCGUUCACAUCCAUGGACACGCCAGUCACGGCCAUGCAGGCUUCAUCUCAGGCCAAUUUGAGCAUGCCCAGUGCAGCCUCAUACCUGCAGCACCACCCACAGGCGUCCCAGGCCCUCCCACUGGCCCAGGCUCCACCCCUUUCUGCGCAGGUUCCCUCCAGUAUCAACAGCUCAGUAGUGCAGGUGUACAGCACACUGCCCCCGAUGGCUGGAGGAGGAAACGCAGAGGUCCACACACUCGGCCUUCAACCGUUCAAUUCUGUUCAGGGUGGUGCUGGUCAGUGUGUGGACAGUCAGACUGCAGUAUUCGGCAGCACUCCCGUGUACGGUUCGGCUAAACCAGCGUCGAAGCCGAAAAUCUGCAGCAGUACCGUAGCUCUGAGCGAGCUGACCGAAUACGACAAGGUCAUCAUCCCCAAAAAGACCCGCAGUGGCAAGAAAGAACAUGACGGUCAAAACAAAGCCAGGUGUCAGAAGCUCCAGUGCAGUUUCUGUGACAAGACGUUCGCUAAAAACUUCGACCUGCAGCAGCACAUCAGAAGUCAUACGGGCGAGAAGCCGUUCCAGUGCAUCGUGUGCGGCCGAGCCUUCGCCCAGAAAUCCAACGUGAAGAAGCACAUGCAGACGCACAAGGUGUGGCCGGCUGGAGUGCACAGCACCAUGUCCAGACUCCCCGUCUCGGUGAAAGCGGUCUCCGAGAACACGGCUCAACAUCCCGACGCACACGAAGAACAACACGGUAACGGCGUUCCGGAUCAGUCCGAGGCGAAAGGAUCCGCCCGGGUUCAGAACCAGCAGCUCAUCCAGAUCGACAGCUCGUACCAGUGCCAGUUCUGCGGCGGCAAAUUCAGCAGCUACUUCCAGCUCAAGUCCCACAUGACCCAGCACAAAGACGAGCAGGUGUACAGGUGUGUGGUGAAGGCGUGCUAUCAGACCUUCCAGAAACUGGAGCUCUUCCUUGAGCACAUCCGUUCUCACCAGGAGCACCUGACGUACCGCUGUCACCUCUGUACCAAAGUGUUCCCGUCUCUGUACGAGCUCGGGAUGCACCAGUACUCGCACAACUUCUGUCCUCAGCAGAGCACUCGCAAAGACACCGCCUACUACAGGUGUAAUAAGUGUCAGAGUAAAUACUCCACACAGGAAGCUCUGGAGCAGCACAUCCUCACCGCCUCACACAACUUCCCCUGUCCACACUGUCACAAGGUUUUCCCGUGCGAGCGGUAUUUCCGGAGACACCUGCUCACUCAUGGCGCCGUGGGCCGCUUUAAAUGCCAGAUCUGCAAGAAGCUGUUCAAAACCGAGCACUACCUCAAACUGCACACGCAGAUCCACUCGGGUGAGAAGCCGUAUAAAUGUUCGGUGUGUGAAGCCACGUUCAACCGCAAGGACAAGGUGAAGAGACACAUGCUGAUCCACGAACCCUUCAAGAAGUACAAGUGUCCUUUCAGGACUCACGUCGGCUGCACCAAAGAGUUCAACAGACCAGACAAGCUGAAGGCGCACAUCCUGUCUCACUCAGGCAUUAAGCCGUUUAAGUGCCAGUUCUGUCAGAAGAGCUUCAGUCGACGUGCACACAUGCUCGAGCACCAGCGCUCUCACACCAACAACUACCGCUUCCGCUGCUCCACCUGUGCCAAGGGUUUCACACGCCUCAAAUACUACCGCGAGCACCGCUGCCCACUGCCCGCAGCCUCGGACACCACCACCACAUCUGGAACAGCUGGAGGUGGAGAACCCACGGUCGAGGAAGCGGAUUACACCGACGCCCCGGAGGAAGAUGAAGACAAUGAAGAAGAGACGAGCGAAACUGGAAUUGUUGGAGCUGAAAUGGGAACGGGAGCUGAACUGAUGAGCGGAACCGAGGAGGAGGGGGAUCACAGUGAAGGCAUGCAUGAAGAUGGAGGGGCAGAUCAACUGCUGGAGGAGACGGUGUUUGGCUCGACAGCUGAUUGACCGCUCUGUUAAAUUCGUCUGGUUUCGCAGGACAAGAAAUAAAGCAGAUCGAUAUCGGGAGCGUGACGAGGUUCUCAGGAGGACGCGAUCUGGUGUAAACAGCACAGCAAAUAAAGCUUUUAAAUUUUAAUGCUGCAGAGGAAGCACAUAGAGAUGGAGACGACCCGCGGACCUGUGUCUCUCCAUGUGCUUUCAUUUUACAGCCUGCUGGUUCAGACUUGGCGGUUUAUGCCCGACUUGGCAACAAACUCAUGCUCGUUUUUAUGCAUAUUAAUUUUUCGUUUUAUAUUAAAACAGCCCCUUUAUUUCCUUUCUCAUUGUAGAGAAGAGCAGAGAUGAAUAUUAACACCAACUGUUAUACUGAACUGCCUGCCACCUAACACACAGUAUGAAUGCAGAUCAAUUCCUGCUUUCUGUUUCACCCAAAUGAGGAUGGGUUCCCUGUUGAGUCUGGUUCCUCUCAAGGUUUCUUCCUCUUACCAUCUCAGGGAGUUUUUCCUUGCCGCUGUCGCCCUCGACUUGUUCACCAGGGACUAUCUGAACAUUUUGCAUUCAUACACUUACAUUGCAUCCAAACUUAAAUAAUUUUUUUGAUUGUGUAAAGCUGCUUUGCGACAAUGACAAUUGUUAAAAGCGCUAUACAAAUAAAAUUAAAUUGAGUUGCUGCUGUAACAGUUCACAGUGUUUGUGUGUGUGUUAAACGAGUGCACUUUAUGACUAUGUAAAUGAGACGUGUAAUGUGUCCAGCUUGAGUUCUGGUCCAAAUGAAAAUAAAUUCCCAGAUUGUGUACAA